AAAUAUGGCAACGUCUGAUGAAAUCUCAGUUUGUAAACAAACUUCUGAUAGUUCCGGUUUUCAAAUAAUCUAAUACAAAGUUUGUUGCUCAUUAACAUUUAAUAUUAUACUUCAAAAGAUCAUGCUGAUUAUAUAAAAUCACUAAAAAGAAAUUAGUUAUGGUACUUCGAUUGAUUCUUCGUCGCUUCACAGGCAACAAAUUAUAUUUUCUUAACACAUUAUCAUCCUCUAAAAGGUUUAUUUCCAAUGCAAAAUCCCUAAGUGCAACAUUCCACGACUCAUUAAACAACACCAAGCCUUCUCAUGAUCGAGAUGAAUUAGAUUUAACUUUUGAAGAUACAAAAAAAGCGUUCAAAAGCAAAACUACUUGGGAAUUAAUCCGAGCUAUUUGUGUUCUGAAAUUAAGCACUUAUGACUAUUUGGUGGAAAAUCAUGAGAAGCUGGUUGCAACUGGGAAAAAGGUCCUUGGACCAGCAUUAUUUAAAUUUGUAAUGAAGCACACAUUUUAUGGACAUUUUGUAGCUGGUGAAGAUACGAAAACUAUUAGACCUGUGUUAGAAAGAAUGCAGUCAUUUGGUGUAAAGAGUAUCCUGGAUUACAGUGCAGAGGAAGAUAUCAGUGAAGCACAGGCAAAGGAGGCUAUGAAAAAAGCAAAGCUUUCAAGUCGGGGAAAGCCUCAAAGCGGAGAGAUGAAAAAAUAUCAACCUUAUGAAGAGUUUGCUGAUAGAAGAAAAUAUGCUGCGAAAGCGAGGACAUAUUUUUAUUUAAGUGAAGCACAAUGUGAAAAAAAUAUGGAAAUUUUCCUAAAAUCUAUUGAUGCUGUGGCAGGAAAUACUAAAGCAACAGGAUUUGCAGCUAUUAAACUAACUGCUUUAGGUCGACCUCAGCUGCUGAUGCAGUUAUCAGAAGUAAUUGCACGCACAAGAAAAUAUUUUAAAGAAGUCACUGGUGCAAGUGAACAUAUUGUUGCUGAAGCUGUCUCUCCCACAGCGAUUGCUCAUAAAUUAGAGUAUCACAAUAUUAAGACAGAUAACGAAGAAGUAAAAAAAUGGCUGGCUAAUAUGGAUUAUGAUAAAAAAGGUUUAAUGAACAUGUUUUCAUGGAGUGGUCUUGUAGAUUUGAAUUAUGUAAUGUCUGACCUUUUUAAAGUACCUAACCUCCAAAGUGGGCAAAUGGAACCAAUAAUUGCUGCCCUUUGUCCUGAUGAAGAAGAAAUGUUUAAAAAUAUGAUGAGGAGAAUGCACAAUAUUGCUCGGAUCGCAAGAGAAAAAGAUGUUCGUGUUAUGAUCGAUGCUGAACAAUCUUAUUUUCAACCAGCAAUAAAUAGGAUAACAAUGGAAUUGAUGCGAAAGUACAACAAAAAGAAAGCAAUUAUAUUCAAUACUUAUCAGUGCUAUUUAAAAGAACGAGUUAGAGCCAAAGAGGUCGGUUAUGAAGACCCCAUUAAUGAAACUUAUGAAGCUACUACAGAAAUGUAUCACAAGACAUUGAAUGAAGUACUGAGACAAAUUCUUGAAGAUAUUCAAAAUAAUGAUGAAAAGAAAAUUGGUGUCAUGGUGGCAUCUCAUAAUGAAGAUACUGUUAGAUAUACUGUGCAAAAAAUGGAAGAAUUAGGUAUAAGACCUGAGCACAAAGUAGUCUGUUUUGGACAACUUCUUGGAAUGUGUGAUCAAGUUAGCUUCUUACUUGGUCAGGCUGGUUAUUCUGUUUACAAAUAUGUCCCGUAUGGUCCAAUUGAUAAAGUUUUGCCUUACCUAUCUCGUCGAGCUCUUGAGAAUCAUUGCCUUUUAAAGAAAGUUGAAAAAGAAUUGAGAUUAAUGAGGACGGAGCUUGGAAGGCGUACAUUGCGCGGUCAAAUAUUCUAUACGCCCAAGGGAAACUACUUACCUGCAUGAUCUCGUAUUUUUGCUUUGUCCUAGUUAAUAUCAGUGUUAAAUGUAAAUUAAUACAAUUCUGUCCAGCUAUAUUGUGCUACACACGUAGACAAAAGAUCUUAUUUUUUUAGAAAAAAAAAUAUUCAAAAUAUAGAUUUUAUUUAUUGUAUAUUUGUGAAAGAUAUUGUUUAUAAUGCAGUGAAUCUCAUUUUUACUCCUCCUGUGUUCUUAAUUUGCAGUAUGAUAUCAGUAUUACUAUGAUUUAUUUAUUUUUUAAGUUCAAAUCGAAUAUUAAAUUUUAUUGUGUUUAUCUGGGGUUUUUUUUCAAAAAGUAUCCCUGUAUUUAUUAAUAUAGGCACUAUUUGUUUUUCAAAAUUUUUAAUGCUGUUGAACAUAAGUGAGUUUUUAUUGGGAUUUAGUCACUUGAAUUUUAAUUGUUUAUUGAAAAUUACAAGAUUUGGAAAUAAUUUAUUCAAAGACUAAUGUUGUUUAAACUUAUUUUGAUUUAUUUAAUUUUAUUCAUAAUUAUAGUUAUACACC